CACUGUUUACGAAAUAACAAUAUGCUUUCAAAUUUUCGUCAGCUGACUGUGAUUCGACGUUCAUUUCUAAUAGAAUUGAAAUCAUUUAUGAAGAGUUGCAAGAGAUGAGUUCACCAAUAGAAGAUCUCAGUGAUUGGGUUGCAGUGAAGGCUAACAUCUUCACUAAAGAGGAGGAGACUGACCAUACAAAGUUCAUUUGUGCUUGGAAUGAAGAAGCAUCUAAAGUUGCUGUUACUCUUCAUGAAGGAUCUCGAAAAGCUAGUGAUCAGAAUAAUAAAAACAGAGUUUGCUUACUUAGUAUGAGUGAAAUUUAUCAUAUGCAUAAACAAUUUUGUUUAAUAGAUACAUCUUUAGCACAUGAUUUUCCUAAAGAAAUUAAACCAAAUUAUACUCCUUCCAGAAAGAAAUAUGACUACAUUUCUACCUGUAUCGAACAUUAUUUAAGCUCUGCUGUUCAGAAAGUUGGUAAAAAGCUAGUUGUUGCUUCUAUGUUCAAUGAUGAAGAUCCUUUAAGUUGCUAUGAAGAAAACUGGAAUGAGUUCAAAAUUAAAAGCUUAGAUGAUUUAGUAGAGAAAGCUUAUAAGGAAUUAGCAGAAGUUCUUCAAUUAAGAGAAAGAGCAGAAUCACUUUUGCAACUCACUACAAUCUAUGUACUCGAAGACCAAGUAUUUAAAAACAUAUCUGAUUAUUUGAGUGAAUUAUACAAUUUUCAUUUGCAACCUUUCUUGGAACUCAGGGAAAUGGCUCAUAGUCGAAUCAAGCAAGCAAAAGAUAAAUUAGGAGAAGAAAUUGGACCAAAUAUUAGGCAGCAAGCUCAGAAAGAUUUUGAAGAUUGGAAUGAACAGUCAUUAAUUGCAACUGAAGCAAUCCAACAACUAUACCUAGAGUUUUAUCGAAAAACAUACAGCUUAAUUUUAGGAGGAAGGGAUAGAAUGCUGGAAGAUAAGAAAAGGUUUGGAAAAGCUGCCUUUGGAUUGCAUGGAAUGCCUCGUUUGUUAAAAUUAGAAGUUCAAGUUUGUCAAGAAGAUUUAAAACUACAUAACGCUAUUAAAGCAAUUAAGGAGUAUCAAAGGGACAAAAUAAAAAGUCAGUUAACAUUCCUAAGUUAUGAUUAUGGUGCUGUGCAAGAAGUUGAAAGGAUUGAAGAAGAGAUAGCCAGUGCCCAAUUAAAUGUAUUUGAUGCAGAUCUUGAUGUUAUUGAAGCAGAAGAACGCUUAUAUAAAAGUCAGUUAGCUCUUCUAAAUCAAGAGCACAAAGAUAUUCUGGAAACUGGUUUAUUUUUUGAUGCUGCUGAAACUCCUGAAGAUAUGCCAGAAGAACUGAAUGAUGUUCCUGAACAAAAUCCUAAAAUUGCUAAACUGAAACAGAAGUUAUGUAAAAUUUACCAAAAAAGGGCAGCUAUACGUAAUAAAAGGAAAAAUUUGAAGGCUGAUAUUCAAAGAAAGAAAACUAAAAAGGCAGCAGAAAUGGAAAAGAAUGAAAAAGCAGCUGCAUAUACUCGAAAAAGGAAAGAAACUAAAACCAAAGAAUUGCCUGCAGAUAAGUUGGCAGAAGAAAGGCGUAAAACUCUCCAAAGGCUAAAAGAAUACAAAAAAAAAGCACUAUUGGUAGAAUCAAAAUCCCCAGAUAUUGAUGAAGAAUCUGUAAUGACUGGCUCAACUUCAAGUCUUGGAAGUAAUCCCGAAAUUCACACUGUUACAACUUCAAAAAGAAAGGGCUCUAAACCCAUUAAUAUUAAAAAGACUUCUGUAGAUGGAAAGACAACUACAUCAAAAACAACUGUAGCACCACCACCUCUUCCACCAUUGCCUCCUGGUCCUGAAUCGCUACCAUAUGUACCUCCUCCUCCUCCACCACCUUCUGUACCCUCUUCGAUACCACCACCACCUCCUCCUCUGCCACCACCACCUUCUGCACCCUCUUCAAUACCACCACCACCACCACCUCCUCCUCCUCCUCCACCACCACCACCCUCUUCAUUACCACCAAUACCACCUCCUCUACCAGUUACUCAGAAUUUACAAACCAAAUUUGUAGUAGAUUCUACUGCUUCAAAACCAGGUGUACCUCCAAGUCAAGUAGAGAUAACACAAUCAUCAAUCAGUGAACAGCUCAAAUUAUUGAAGAAACCUGUGAUUGAAGUCAAGAAAAAAGCACCAGGCAAUCCAUUUAGUUUGAAUGAAAUUUUAGCUACACGAAGUAAAUUGAAAGCUGUAUCUGCAGAUGCAGAACCAAGAGGGAAAAUAGACAGCCCAAUGGACUUGAGUAGUAUUCUGAAAGAAACUAUGAAAAAUAUUCGUAAUAUGACAGAAUAUUCUGAUCAAGAAUCAGAUAGCGAUUCAGAUUUCGAGUGAAAUUUUUCGGUAUUAAAAUUAACUAUUAAAUUUGUGAUUGAACUAUGCUUAAUUAUGGUAUAUGUGCUAUUUUGUAAAAAUACUACAGAAUGUUACUAUCUGGGAGAUAUAAGUAUUGUGCAGCUAUAUGCUAUGUUGUAUGCUGUUUCAUGUGCCUUUAUAAUUUUUAGUAUUGUUGUGUACAUUGGCACAUUUUUUUCCCCAAUGAAUUUCUUUUUCAUUUGACUGUUUUGAAUCUGCUUAAUUUUUUUCCUUGCAUGCUUUAGUGCUGGUGAUAUGAUUAUGAACUGAAAUUUACUGUGGUCUGUUGUGAAAUAUCGAGAAUUUUAUAUUCAUAGUAUAUUCUUAAGCACUCAAAAGUUUGCUUUCUGUUUUUUUCAUGUCUAUCUAUUAAUAAGUAAAAUUUUAUCUUUGGUAAACUUUACUUUUCUAAAUUUCUUUUUUAAGUUAUUUUAAAGGUUUUAUUAAAUUUAAAAAGAACUGAUACUCAAUUAUCUGUAUUUUUCAAAAACUGUAUUUUAUAAAAUCUAUAUUUAAGACGAUUUUACUUUUAUUAUUAGCCGUUAAAUCUUAUCUUCAUCAAAGUAAGCAUUCCUCUUUUGAGCAUGUUAUUAUUACUUGCUUUUGCAAAUUAAUAUUGAGAUUCUGAAAGGAAAUGCAAUGUAACAACACAAAUCAUGAGUAUUGUAUUGGAUUAUUCAUUUUGUUCAGAAUGCAUUCUCUCAUUACAUUAACAUUAUGAUUAGAAUUUUCUUUUUAAUGAAUGUAAAAGUAUUAAACAAAAAAAAACUGAACAAAAACUGAAAUAGAUUAGAUUUAAGGAUUUGACACUAUUAUCAAUGCAUGAUAAAUUAUUUGACUUUAAUUCGCUGAAUAAGGUGAUGUUACAAUAUCAUAAACUAGCUUUAGAAAUAUCUUUCAUAUUGUAAUAUAUGUGAUUUGGGAUUUUGAACCAUAACACUAAGUAUUAUUAGAAUUUCCCUUCAGUGUUAUUUAUCCAAAAAAUUUUUAUAAAUUUCAAAAAUUAAAAAAAAAAUCUAUAGCAUAUUAUUUAAUCAUUUAAUUUUCUGGUAAUAAAUAUACUUUUAAUCUUGCACAAUAAAUUUAAUGUAAUUUUAAAUUAUAAACAAAAAUAUUAUUUCCAAGAAAUUUUUAUUUGUAUAUAAAUUGACAUGUGCUUUAUUUUUUUAUUGUUCUGUGCUCAAAACAUGUAUUAUUAAAUUUUGUGCAGUAAAUUUAAUUUUUUAAAAUAUAGAUGGUUUGCAGUUAAAAUCAGUAUUUAAAUGUAUGAUGUUAAGGAAUACCUGCUGUCUUUAAGAAUUGCAUGUGAUAAUGGAGAUGUGAGCUUACCUAAGUAGAAAUUUUCUUGUUGUUCUAGUCAUGUUUCUGUUCAUAUCUUGUACAUUUCAAAUAUUUUUAACUAAGUAUUACAUAUAUUUUAAUAUUAGUAUUUACUUAAUUAAUUUGUAAAUAUCACAAAUAUUUUUUUAUGUAAUAAACCAUUAGCAGAAACAAUUUUAAAACAAUUCCUGUAAUAAUAGCAAUUCUUCCUUAAAUAUAUGGGUUAUGUGAUUAUAUUUCUGAUACUGAAUAAAUUUGAAUUGGAAAAUUUUGGUUUUUUUUUAUUUUGAUGUUGAAUGAUUUGAUUAUGAUUGUACUGUAGAUAGAUUAUAUUUCUUGUUUUCAAAAAAAUUGCUUUAGUUUUUUUGAAAACUUUUUUUCCCCUAUUGAGUUUUUAAAAGUUUGAUUCACCUUCAAAAUUAAUUGGGUUUGAAAGUUUGUUAGAAUAUUUUAGAAUGUAAUUUUUCAAUUGCUUAUAUUCAAAAUUUUUGUUCAGCUUUCUUUCUCUCUGUAAAAAUUGUUCAAUAUUCAAAAAAGAAUUUAUUAUUGGUCAAAAAAAAGUAAGUGAUUUAAAAAAAAAAAAAAAACUGUUUCAUUAUAUGUUUGAAGUUAUAUGUUUAAAGAAUGUAAAAUAUGGCUUGUUUUGAUUAUUAGAAAAGGUAUAAUUGAUUUAAGUAUGUAUAACAAAGGAUUUAAUAAAAUUCCAUUUAAAAUAAUUUUAAAAAAUGUAAUGAUUUGUUAAAAAUACUUUUUUUAAUGUUAACUUGAAGUUGCCACUAAUAUUAGAAAUAUUUAAUGUUGCUUGAAUUUGAUCUUCAGAAUGUGCCUUCAUGUGUGAAAUAAAUGUAUUAAAUACACUAUCAUUAUUUUCUGAUAUGAAAGCUUAUAAACAGAUUUGUAUUUGAUUUCAUAUUUGAAUUGGAUUGAUUAAUAGAGAAAGUAAAUCAUAUUCUCGGUUAUUUUUCAAUGUAUGUGGAUGUUGCAAAUGCAAUGUAGAUUAUUGAAAAUAUGUGUUGAGAAAUUAGUUUAUUUCUCUCUAUUUCACUUUCAGCUGUUUAAAAUGUACAUUAUCUAAUAUUUUUAUACUAAUAUUUGUAUAAUCUGUAAUUUAUUGAAUUUUUAUAAAUAUUUAUAAUAAAAAUAUAAAGUUGAUUUGA